AUGGCCUCUGACGGGAACUUUUGGGAUAUGAUGAUAGCCAACACUACGGCACUUGGCAGUGACUUGAACCAGGAAAACAAUGCCAGCCAGAGCAACACCCCCAACCGAAACACCACUCGACGACGUCGACAGCGGCGUCCACCGCACCCUUCAAAUAGCGGGCAACUCACAGCCUACCCACUGGAGGAGGGAAAUUUGUACAUGCCAACAUCUGGCGGCCGAUCGGAGCACAAUUACUUACAACCGGGAAAUAUUGCGCCUUCAUUACUAGAGACUGGAAUCCAUCCACGUGAAUGCUCAGAGAAGGAACGAAUUGAUAAAAUCCUGUCUCAAAUUGACAAACUCCAGUCUCAAAUUGAUGAGCUUGCUCAGAAGGUUUAUGACCUAGAGAACUGCAAUGCAAAGAUGGAGGUGUGGGCAAAGUCCAUGACCAAUGUUACCAGACAACUUACUGAGAAUGAGUAUGAUUUGCCGGAGGAGCCAGCUGUGCGGUUUUGA